AUGCCAGUGCAAACACUCAUGAGAUGGAAAAGCGUGGUUACUAGUGUUAGCAGGCAACUGCUUGCACUAUUCUUCCGCAAACACUACUUUUUAGAAGAUGGCGGGGUUCACGAAGUUAUGGAUUUAAAUACCAUGCUGGCCGUAGCCAACAAUAUCUUGGACCAGUUUCCAUCACUUAACGACAACUCCAAUUGGUCAGUCGACAAGUAUCUGCUCCAGCAGAUGUCUUUUGUGUGUAUUAUUAUAUCGAAGGGAGAGGCUCUUGAAGGGUCAAGUGAGAGAGCAAGACAGUGGCUUGCUAUUUCCUCAGAGAUCAAGGAUAUGUUGGCUCCAUUUGUUCUGUUGGGAGACUGUAUCUUUUUGUCCCAGUGGAUCAUCCAAAGCAAACUAGCGUACGUGCUUCUCAACUCCAUGCAUGAAUAUGCUGUGUUGUUUGAGCAGUAUUUGGCCGCGGUGCUGUUAUGUGAAGACUUUGUCAACCAGCUACGCCUCACUGAGCAAAACGGACCAGAUUCAGAAGAAUUCACUGUCUGUGCCAGAUUAUGGGUCAUCAUAAAAAUUACAGAAUGUGAAGUCAGUAUUCUUCAAUCCAAGGCUGGGCUCCAGAACAGGUUUCCCUCACUAGUGAACACAAUUGUUCCAGACAGACUGCUCAUAAGCAGGGUAUAUAAUUUGGACUUUACCCAAACAGCAACAGACUACACGCCGUUUAAUGUGGCACUCAUAGCGUCUUUCGAGUUUUUCCGUUUGUUUGAACAAGCGACGCUGCCUCGAGAUGUCAUCUUCCUAUAUUUGUCAUUAUAUGGAAAUGUCCAUCGGAAGUUCCAGGUUCCACUCAACAACGUCGUUAACUUGUUGAGCGGCAACAUCGACAUGGCGCUCAUAACUCAGCAUAGCGAAGAUUUGAUCACCUGCAUCAUCUCAUCGUUCUUGCUGAUUCGUUGGCUCAGUAUCGUCCAAGCCGACUCUCCACAUUUUCCCUCUCUUCGCUUUGCAUACUACCUUUCAACAAUGAUGACGAUGUUUAACAGUUUCAAUGACAUUGAUGACAAGCUCUGCCUUCCACCUGGGGCUUUGUUGGAUACACUUAUGCGUGGGUCUAAUUUAUUCCUGAUCCUCCAGGUAUACAACACAUUGUGUCACCAAGCGAUUUUUGCCGCUGUCCUCUCGUGCUUUGUCCGGCCCGAUUCUCACAUGCGGACACUUGAUCUUGCCUAUGUAUUCCAUGUGGUGAUGAAGUCGCUCUCUAGGACAGUGGAGAAAAUGCGAGUUGCUACACCGUUCAAUUCCAUCCUAGUAAUCAAUUCGACUAUUCAAGCAAUCGACAUUCUCUACAAUAUGGCAAAUGAUCCUAAUUUUAUUGCAUCGUCGCCUGAGCAAUUUAUGGAUCUAUUGCUUGCCAAUAUGCCUGGUGAUAUUGCUGCCAGUUUUGUCAAUUUUGUGUUUGGAAAUACAGAAACAUUUCUGAACCACCUCAAACAACUUUGGCGUUUGAGAGACCAUGUGGAUGCCCAUGGGCAUGAACCAAUUCCAAUUACAUCCACAUUGCUACUCAACACGGAAUUUUUGCGCCAGUUUGACUCCUCAUAUCUUCCAUUUGCGUAUACCCAGGAUGUUGUGAACGAAUACAUGGUGGUAGUGGUAGAUGGCCAUACCUACAUUUAA